UCUGCAUAAAAAAAAUGCAUCCUCAUUUUAAAAUGCAAAUAUUUCUAAAUACGUUCCAGAAAGCAGAAGCUGUGACACCCUAAAUAAACUGCACAGAGAGACAGAAGAUGUGACAGAAAUACACUGAUGCCGUAACAAACGAAGGCAGAGAAAAAUUGCUUAAUAUUUGAUAAAGUGGUAUUUAAUCCAUAGUAAGGUGGAAAAAACUGGACUGAGACAAUGAGAAUAUCACUGAAAAUCAUAAUUCACUUGAUGACAGUUAGUUUGAGAUUAUCAUCUGUCACAGGAAACAGAGGAGAACGUGUCGACAUAAACUACGGGGAUGACAUCACACCAGUGGCAUUAAACCACCGUAUGGGAGAAACUGCCCAAAUUGAGUGCACCUAUCCAGACAGCCAUGAGAACUAUGAGAAGUUCCUGUGCAAGGGGGAGAAUCCUUCUAACUGUGAUCAGCUGAUAAGUACAACAGCGGAGGAGAGAAAUGUGCUUAAAGGCAGGUUUGAUAUAAGGGAUAAUAAAAGAAAGAAGUACUUCUAUGUGUACAUUAACAAUCUGAGCACAGGCGACUCUGGGCCCUACUGGUGUGGCUCCACCAGGACCGGGGAGCAUGUUGGGUACACCAAAUUCCUCCUUUAUGUUGAAGACCAGAAGACCAGAAGAUUAGACCUUCCAGCUCUGCAGACAACUGAAUCACCUACAACCCGUAAAGUUCUCCACACAGAUCUGAUUGCCGUUGUGGUAGUGAGUCUGCCGUUGUUACUGAUACUUGUGCUUGUGUUUAUAUUGUGCAAACACAGACUCCCCAGGAUUCAAGUGUGUUGUUCCGCGGGGGAUCAUCAGGGCAGAGGACAAACGAUGAACAUAACACAGAGGAAAAUCAUGGAGACCACCACUAUGACGAGAUACAGAUGCUGAACCAGCAGGCGAGCUUAGGAAACCCACCUCUGUCCGUUUAUGCAACCGUCAACCCUCCCGCGGACCAGCUCCACUAUGCCAGCAUCAAUUUCCAGAAGUACUCUGUCAAUGUCUUGACAGACAGGAAUGCACCUCCUGACACAGAUUAAAAAUGCUGGUCGGCCUGUGAAUACUCCUCUAUCAGUAGGUCUCAGGGUGACACCCAUCCUGCAGCAGCAGAGCAGACUCUCUGUUCUACAGUCACAAAGUCUGGGGAUCAAAAGAUGGACCGACUUUCACCUGUUGAUGUCAACUGAGAAGUUACAGGCCUGUUGUGAGGGAUUUGCAUUUGUCCUAUGUGGCCUACAUACACCCAGAAUAAAGAAAUGUCAUUUUGGAAACAUUUUUGAGUGAUGGACUUAUAAUUUGGUACAAUGUAGAGUUUACUAGUAAGCUAAUUAUUAUCUGUUCAUGGCUAUGUAGUGAUGUGACAUAUAAAUGUGAAUAAUAAUGUCAAUGUGCUCUGAAUAUGAUGAUUUAUAUCACGUUUGCGUCAGUCAUUGUGAGUAAAUCUCACACGUCACUGAUUAAAAUUGUUUUAA